AUGUGUCCGAAAGCCAGAAGAAAAUCAAGGUAUGCAAAGAAAACGACAGUGGCGGUUGCCGAAAUUAGAAUGACAAAAAUUUCGAGAGUGAAAUACAAGGCUGUCGAGGCAAUCGAGGGUCCAAAUGUGAUAUUAUCCACCAAAACUAUCAUGUUCAUAACCACGAUACCCCCAUUCGUUAAUGUAUCGCCAAGACCCACAAGCGAGGAGCCCCAAAUGGCACUACAGAUGUACUAG